UAUUUCUUAUUGCGCUUGGAUAGUUUCUUUAUAGCGAGCAUUCUGAGCAAGUUAUACAACUCUUGUAAUUGCUGGCGUUGGAUCAAGUAGUUUUAAUCUCUUUCAUGCAUUUGAAGUGAAAAUGUCAAUGUCUAAAUAUGAUUCCUCUGGUUAUUCUGGUCAGUCCUAUGAUCGGAACGUUUUUGAAGCCAAUCUUUCCACUGUCAACAAACUACAGAGAGAUUUCUGGAAUGCUAAACAAGUUUUGAGAAAGAAGUUGGGCAAGGCUGAGGAUCUUCAUAUUGUUGCCAGUGAUGCUGAAUUAGAUGCAAAACUUGAUCUGUUUCUGUCGGUUCAAAAGACAUGUGCCGACCUUAUUAAAGCAACUGAAAAAUAUCAAAAUUGCAUUUGUGUGUUAUCAAGAGAUGAAAAUGCCAUGGGUAGAUUCCUUAAAGACCAAGGUAGUUUGGAUAAAACAGCAGCGGGAAAGAUGAUGGCAGCUGCUGGCAAAGCUCAGUGUUUCACAGCCCAACAGAGACUAAACCUUCGUAGCCCACUGGGUCGCCUGCAUCACGAUAUUGAAACUUUUCGAUAUCGAGCGAUCGGUGAUUGUGUUUUGUCGGUGAAUCACAUGGAGGAAGCGAGGACACAUUACCGCGCAUCACUUAGAUGGAUGCAAGAUAUCUCAUCCAACCUUGAUCCCGAACAAUACAAGAAAUUGGAAAAAUUUAGAAAAGUACAAACGGAAGUUCGUUUAAACAAAGAAAAAUUUGAUCGCCUGAAAUGGGCUGUAUGCCAAAAGGUUGACCUUCUGUGCGCUUCUCGUAGCAAUCUUUUCUCAAACACUCUCGUGCCUUACCAAAACGAGAUACUCAAGUUUUGGGAGAAAACAGCAAGAACUCUGUCUGCUGUGCAGGAAAAUAUUAAGGAUUAUCAACAUUAUGAGUUUAAACUACUCAAGGGACUCAAUCCUAUUCAGGAUUUAGAGGAGAAGGGAGAGGAUGAAGAGGAGAAAGGAAAGAAACAAAACCAAGAGGAGGAAGAGGAGAAUGGUGAUCACCAGUUGAUUAGUUUGGAUGAUCCAGAGAAAUUGGGAGAAUCUUUAGAGCAAGAAGUGGCAGAUAUUGAUAUUACAAAUCACGAUAAAGACUCACUUCUAAACUUUUACGAGGGUAACCUUGAGGACGUGUACCUCGAUAAAAUGAUUCAAGGGGAGUUUUCACCCCGGAAAUCGUUACUGGGUGACCUGGACCAAGGCACGAAGAAUGAGGAAGACACAGAUAACCUGUUGCUUGGGGAGAUGAACGACACAGAUUUUCAGAAACCAACCAAAGAAGAUCUCGAUCUUUGGAAUGAUAUUCUUGGGGAUGAAGAGAAUACAAAUGGUGGUGAAUUAGAGGAACAAUGGCAUUCAGUGUUUGGUGAAUUCACGAGCCAUCAAUCCCCACAAACACCCAUCACACAAGUUGAAACAUCAACCAAAGAUGACAUUUUACUUAUGGAGAAUAAACCUGAACAACCUGUUCAACCUUCCAACACCGGAGGGGGCUAUUUACCCUCACAACUCAUGGACCUCAUGAUGACAGCCCCCUCACAACCGCAAAUGAUGUCCCAACCUGCCCCAUACAUGCAGCAGGGCAUGAUGGGACCUGGAGGUUUUCCUGGGCAAAAUAUGGGGCCCCAGAUGAUGGCCCACCAACCCCCAAGUUACCAAUCAAUGUUUGGGACACCAACCCCACUUGGAAACCCACAACAAAUCAACCAAUCAGUGCAACAAGUUCCUAAACCUCAGUCAAAGAAAGACAACAAAGGUAACAUGUCCGCGUGGUACAAUCUAUUUGCUGAGCUCGACCCGCUGCAGAAUCCUGAUGCUCUUGGGAAGAAAAAAGAAUCUGGAGGAGAAAAAGAAACUGGGGGUUCUUGUUGAUUAACUAAAACUUAUUAUUUCUUCAGUGUGUCUUUUUAAAACAUCUUUUUCGCUGCAGUUACUGGCAUUUGUACUCCGUGUAUACAUCGGUGGUUGUAGAUUAGUUUCUGUAUCGUUUGUUUAGCACCUUGUCUGGUAUUUUCUGCCAAAUCACAAAACACAAAUAUCUGUUGCUGCCCAGAUUACUAUUUGCACUCUUUUUUCCCAUAAUGCAGUUAUUUAUUAUCAUUCGCAGCUCGAUAAUCAACAAACACUCAACCAGAUACAGGGCAAGCUGUUGGUGUUGUAAUGUUAAAUAUAUAUAUAUAUGUCCUACUGCAGUACAUCCAAGCUUUUUUCAUUUUAGCUUUUUGUAACCGUGACGUUUAUUUUCAAGCGUUUUCUUUGGAACUUUGGUCCCAGCGCUGUGAGUGACGUGUUUACAUAUGGUGCAAUCUUUAUGUUCCGAAUAUAUUUACCGGAUGCAUAUUUAUUCCAAAGCUUGGUACACAGCUCAUACAGCUGCUGUUCUUCCGUGCAAUUUUUUAAAACUUGGAAAAACCGGUCCAAGCACUUUUUGUUUUAGCUUCUCCGCCACUCGUUUUCCGUGUCCCCCAUUCAUCAAUAGAUUGUAUACUAGUAAUAAAAUGCGUGGUCCCCCGUU